AUGACAGAAGCAGAACGACCCAAGAUUGGUGUAGGUGUCAUCAUCCACGAUAAUGCAGGGAACAUCGUCAUGGGAGAGCGCGCAGGCUCCCAUGGCGCAGGUACUCUCCAGUGCCCCGGAGGCCACCUCGAGUACGGCGAAUCAUUCGCUGAAACGGCUGCAAGAGAGGUGUUGGAAGAGACAGGGCUUGAGGUGGGCAACAUCAAAUUCCUGACUGCUACAAAUGAUGUGUUUGGAGAGGGGAAGCACUACGUGACCAUCUUCGUCACUUGUACCAUCACUGGCGAUAACAAGACACCGAUGCCCAUGGAACCGCACAAGUGUGCUGCGUGGAGUUGGAUUCCCUGGACACAGAUGUGGGCUUGGGCUGGAGAGCAAGCAAAGGCUGAACAAGAAGGAAAAGAGGUGCAGAAGAACCUGUUUCUCCCGCUAGUCAACCUAUGGAGAGAAUACCCAGAGAUGAAGGAUGCGCUCGUUGGGAGGUAA